AUGCGUCUCCUCCAUGCCUUGCGGAUACCCUCACUCGUCAAAGGCUUCUUCUAUCCAUCGUCCCAAAGCCGCGUUUGCCAAAUUCUUGCCUUCUUCGUCCGUGCCAGAACAUGCCAUCCUGAAAUGUCGUGGCGGGAUAUGGGCAAAUUAUCCCGCAUGCGUGACAAACGACAGCCAACCGUUGGCAUCAUCUUCAACACCUGCAGCAUGCGUAUCCGGGCAGAGAACGCACUUGCUGUUCAUUUGUAUGCCACUUGCGCCUCCGGUCCCGUAGUGUCGGUCCGUCCGCUCGCCAGUCCAUUGCCGUCAGCACGCUACAGCACACCUAACGUCGAGAACCGUACAGCUGGAAAGGAUGCCAACGGUCUUUGCUUGCAGGUUUCAACGUAG